GUGACGUUCAGCCGUGGCCUCAGUUAGCACGUGGCGCUCGCGGAGUUACGUCGUUUUCUGGUAUCUCUGUGGCGGCUGCUGUUUUGACCGGCUACACCAUGAAGCGGCCGAAGUUGAAGAAAGCAAGUAAACGCAUGACUUGUCAUAAGCGGUAUAAAAUCCAAAAAAAGGUUCGGGAGCAUCAUCGGAAAUUGAGAAGGGAAGCUAAAAAACGGGGUCACAAAAAGCCUAGGAAAGACCCAGGAGUUCCAAAUAGUGCUCCUUUUAAGGAAGCUCUUCUUAGGGAAGCUGAGCUAAGGAAACAGCAGCUGGAAGAACUAAAACAACAGCAGAAACUUGAUAGGCAGAAGGAACAAGAAAAGAAAAGAAAACUUGAAACUAAUCCUGUUGGUGAGCCAUCUGAUGUGGAACCUGUGGAGGAAUUGGAACAAUGCAAAAGUAAGAAAGCCAAGUUGAGCAAACAGCACCCAAAGAAGUUAUAUUGUCAGGAACUUAAAAAGGUGAUUGAAGCCUCAGAUGUUUUGCUAGAAGUGUUGGACGCCAGAGAUCCUCUUGGUUGUAGGUGUCCUCAGGUAGAAGAUGCUAUUGUCCAGAGUGGACAUAAAAAGCUGGUACUUGUAUUAAAUAAAUCAGAUCUAAUACCAAGGGAGAAUUUGGAGAGCUGGCUAAAUUAUUUGAAGAAAGAAUUGCCAACAGUGGUGUUUAAAGCCUCAACAUACCUGAAGGACAAAGGGAAGAUAACCAAGAUGAAGAAGAAAGCUGUUCCACUCAAACAUAAAGUGUGCUUUGGCAAAGAAUGCCUCUUGAAACUUCUUGGAGGUUUUCAGGAGACUUACGGCAGAGCUAUUCACGUUGGAGUAAUUGGUUUCCCAAAUGUAGGCAAGAGCAGCAUCAUUAACAGCUUAAAAAAAGAGCGGAUAUGUAAUGUUGGUGUUUCCAUGGGUCUUACAAGGAAUAUGCAGAUUGUUCCCUUAGACAAACAGAUCACAAUCAUAGAUAGUCCAAGUUUGAUUGUGUCACCACUUAACUCCUUAACUGCACUUGCUCUGCGGAGUCCAGCAAGUAUUGAAACAGUAAAACCAAUGGAGGCUGCCAGUGCCAUCCUGUCCCAGGCUGAUGCUCGACAGGUUGUACUGCAUUAUACUGUCCCAGACUAUAAGAAUUCUCUGGAAUUGUUUACUAAACUUGCUCAGAGGAGAGGUCUGCACCAAAAAGGUGGAAGCCCAAAUGUUGAACGUGCUGCCAAACUACUGUGGUCUGAGUGGACAGGUGCCUCAUUAAGUUACUAUUGUCAUCCCCCAACUUCCUGGACUCCUCCACAUUUUAAUGAAAGUAUUGUGGCAGGCAUGAAAAGGGGCUUAAAUCUUGAGGAACUGGAAAAGAGCAAUGCACAUAGCAUAGAAGCCAUCAGGGGCCCUCGUUUAGCCAAGAGCAUACUUUUCCAGUCUUCGGGUCUGACAAAUGGAGUAAUAGAGGAAAAGGACAUACCUGAAGAAUUACCAAGACAGAGAGAAAGAAAACAGGAGGAGGGGAAGGACAAUGAAGACAUGGAAAAGAUCUCAGACAUGCCUCCUAUAGAAGAGAAAAGAGAGCCACCACCACCUGAAGAAUCUACAGCAGGUGAAUCUGCAAGCUCUUUAAACUUGGAUAAAAUGACUCAAGAAGAUGAUGCUUAUGAUUUCAGCACAGAUUAUGUGUAACAGAAACUUGUCCUUUUAUAAGGAUUUCCUUAACAUCUUAAGCAAACUAUCAGAAUGUUCUGUGUAUGCCGCAACCUGGCUAGACACAGAAACAUGAACCGCUCAAGUGGGAAGCAAAGCUUUAUUUUAAAAAAGCCGCCAGCGAUCCCUGUGCGUCUUGCUAGCCAGCCCAUUGACCCACGUGCCACCGGAACCGGGCGCGCGCACAUCCCCCGGAAAUUCCCUCCUACUAUCCUUCCCCAACCAAUGGGAACUCUCCCAUUACAAGAGUGACAUGAGUAAC